AUGUGGUUCGAAAUUCUUCCAGGACUCGGUAUCAUGAGCCUGUGCUUGGUUAUCCCGGUAGUGGCCACUGCCUACAUCCACGGGUUCACUAAUGGGGGCAAGGAAAAAAAGAUUGCCCAUUUUCCCUACCAGUGGAGUUUGAUGGAAAGAGAUAGACAUGUAUCCAGAGUUAAUUGUUAUUAUAAAUCAAAGGGUUUGAAGAACAUUGAUUAAGGAAGCAUUUUCCUGAUUGAUGUAAAAAAACUCAGUAUGGUCAUCUACCCCUGCUAGAACAUUAUUUGAUAUAUUAUG